UGCGCAUGCGCCGAAAGUAAUCUGCCAUAUUACAGGAACACCUCACAAAAUAUUGGCAGAUUUGUCUAAACACCUGUGGUAAAUGAGAAGAAAUACCGGAUUAGAUUUGUGGGGUCGAUAGCAGAUUGAUAUAAGUUGUCACCGAACUGAAACAAAAUGUCUGGCUUCGACAGCAACCCGUUUGCAGAUCCUGAAGCGGCCAACCCCUUCUCAGACCCAUCUGUCCAGCAGGCUGCAGGGUCAGGACAAGGGGGUGGACAGAAAGCUGGGGGGCUCGACGACUACAACCCUUUUGCCGAGGGCAACCAAACCAGACCAGCAUCAGGGUCUAAUGCCUCUACCACCCCACUGGUGCCACCUCCUCAACCUGCUCAAACUCAGCCGGCCAUCAUGACCCCAUCAGAAGAGCCCCCACCGCCCUACACACAAUCUGCUGCCCAGAAGAUAGACACAAGUGAACUUCAGAGGAGGCAAGAGGAAUUAGAAAAGAAAGCUGCUGAGCUUCAGAGGAAAGAACAAGAAAUGAAAAACAUGCAGUUCAAAGACCGUCAGAACAACUGGCCACCUCUGCCAAGCUGGUUCCCUUUGGGCCCUUGCUUCUACCAGGACUUCAGUGUAGAUAUUCCAUUAGACUUUCAGAGGAUUGUCAAGUUUGUCUAUUACCUCUGGAUGUUCCAUGUAUUUGUGUUGUUCCUGAAUGUGUUGGCAAGUUUGGCUUACUUCAUCGUGGACUCAAAUGGAGGCACUACAUUUGGCCUGGCCAUUUUAUGGUUCGUCGUCUUUUCCCCCUGUUCUUUCAUCUGUUGGUACAGACCACUCUACAAAGCUUUCAGGAGUGACAGCUCAUUCAAUUUCUUUGUAUUUUUUUUUGUAUUUUUCUUCCAAUUCUGUGUGUAUGUCAUUCAGUGCUUGGGCAUCACAAACUUCACAGUUGGCAUCAUCACAGGUCUCUCGACAGUCCGCAACAGUAUUGCUGCCGGGCUCAUCAUGAUAUUUAUUGGCAUCUUUUUUGGCCUGUUGGCCAUUAUAAGCUUUGCCACACUUGUAAAGGUGCAUAGGAUCUAUCGCAGCACUGGAGCCAGUUUCCAGAAGGCCCAGCAGGAAUUUGCGACAGGUGUCAUGCGCAAUGAAGCCGUACAGAACGCUGCCGCAAAUGCCGCUUCUGGGGCUGCUCGUGGUGCUGCUCAGCAAUAUGGGUCUGGAAACCGAUAUUGAGCAACGCAUCACUAAGGAAUACUCUCGUCCAACAUCAGAAAUGUGCAGUGAGAAUUCUGUUUCUGGGUGAGACAGAAAUCUCCAUACCCUGGAGCUACCUUGGAGAAUGUGAAAGUUCACACUAAGGAUCAAUGUAAUGGAUUUUGUCAAUCUUCUAAUAGGACAACUUCCCAAAACAGUUGAUGUUAUUUGUUAUAUUUUAAUUUAUUCCCCUGUCACUUCAGAACAGUGUAGAACUCCACAUGAGGGGAAAUGGUAGAACUGUUUGUGGACAUCUCGGCAAA